UCAAAAUUGUACAUCAUUUUCGAUUGUUCUCAGUCGUAAUAACAUUUUAGGCAAAUCUCUUGAAGAUUUUCCAAAAGUUUUUUAUGAACAAAAUACCAAAAAUGUCGAAAUACGUUGCAUUAGUUGGGCCAAGAAUUAACACUCCCUUCCGAAAAUGGUGCUACAAUUUAAGUGGAUUCCGAAAAUAUGGUUUGAUGUUGAAUGAUUUAUACGAUCAUGGAACAUGUCCAGACGUUUCGGAGGCUAUUCGUCGUUUGCCACCUGAUGUAUUUGAUGCCCGUAAUAAACGUAUAGCCAUUGCUUUCCAACUUUCAUUGGAAAAAACUUAUCUACCAAAAGAAAAAUGGACAAAAUACGAAGAAGAUGUCAAAUAUUUGGAACCAUAUUUGGAAGAAGUGCGACGGGAAAUUGCCGAAAAAGAAGCUUACGAAUACAAUAAUUACAGUACCAAAUAAAUUUUGUUCAGCCAUAUAUUCUGUGUCCAUCAAAAUUUGAAAAGCGGCAAUUGUGGACUCAAAAUUUAUAGAUUAACCCUCUCUCCCCCCAUUUCAAAUCAAGAAUAUUCAAAUAGCAAAUGAAUGAUUAAAUAAAGUAUGAAAUAAACUUGAUAAAAUUCAAA